AUGAGAAUCACUCGAUCUGCUUCAGCUGCUGCUGCUGCUGCAACUUCUGCAACUUCUGCAGCUUCUAGUGAUGACAGUUCUGCGCCAUUUUCAACAACACCUAUUAUUGCAUCUGUUCCAACUAUUGAUUCCACUGCUACUACCAGCUCUUCUUCUUCUUCUAAUAAACGACCACGAUCAAAUUCAAAAGGCACUGACCGUUCGCACAAGACCCGUCGUGGUAGCGUUUCGGCAACUUCGGGGUUGACUUUCUCUGACACAAACACGACCAUCACCAAAGCAUCUAUAUUACCAGUCAACAAGAUUAAUUUGCAUAGUCAGUGUAAUGAUCAUAAUAAUCAUCAACAUAAUCAUAAUCAUAAUCACAUAAACCCGCAUCAACAGCAAAGUGUUAUGUCUGCCCCAAAGCGACGAUUCAGCCGUGGGAAUCAAGCAACCAAAUCUUUGGUGCUUAUGCCAUCAGGAGAAACCCCAACUGAUAAACUUCAUUCAGUACAGAAAUCUGUAGAUAACACUAUUCAUCUUGAAAAUCCCCUUGAUAAUGUUUCAAAAAAUGCCAUUUGCCGUACAAUUAAUGCUGUUUCUAAUGAUGCUGAAGAAGUUGGCAGUUGUAAUAGCAGCAGUAGCAGUAGUAAUAUCAGCAGCAGCAACAACAGCAGAAGAAGAAGAAGAAGAAGAAGCAGCAGCAGCAGCAGCAUGAAAAACAUCAUAAGCGAGUCUUGUUCAACUAGUAAUUUAUAUAAAAGCUCGGAAUCUGAGUUUUCUGGUAGCUGUUCUGACUCUGGUGCCCAGUCUUGCUGUUCUGUUGCAGAGGCUAAGGCUGACAAUCCUGUUGUCCUGCCUACUACAAACCAAACUCCCGCCGCCAACUCAAAAAGUAUAAAACCUGCCAAAUCCGCACACUCACUUCCCUCUCUUCCUUCUACCACCACCACCGCCACCACAACCUCUACCAAAAUCUUCACUACCGCCACCACCACAUCCGCCACCCCACACACGGUUACUGAAGCCGCAAUACCUGCGAAAUCACUCAUCAAACCUGCUCAAGCUGUCAUGUUCCAGAAGUCUUCUAAAGAUUCUAAAAAUAAUAACCUUACAAACACCUCACGGAUGAACAAACCCGCGGACCGAAAAGGAGAGACGGCGGCUGUAACUGAAAGGGGCUCUUCAGCAGCAGCAACAAAAUCCUCUACUAACAACAAUACUCCAAGUAACAAGAAACUUGACGUUGAAAUUGAUUCAGAAGAAGAAGAAGCUGCAGCUACAAGCAAUAGAUCUGACCUAGAAAACUACGACGAUGACGAAGAAGAAGAAGAAGAGGAAGAGGAGGAGGAAGAAGAAGAUGACGCACAAGACUUUGAUGACGAAUCUAUAGACUAUUCAGACGGCAUUGAAGACUACGACGAUAAUGAUUUUUCCAAUAAUACUACAACAGAAUCUUCCGAUAAUAAAAACAACUCAUACACAAGCAAAUCGAUACAAACACAGUCUCAAGACUCGUUGGACGGUGCCUACGAUGAUGACGACGAAGACAUGAUGAAUGACGAUGAAGAGGAAGAAGAAGAAGAAGAAGAAGAAGAAGAAGACUAUAAUGAUAUUAACGACCCAUACUCAUACGACGACUUUGACGACUCUACAACAACCCGCUCAAAGGAUACUAAAGUCUACGAUGUUAAGUAUUCUGUACUCACUCCACCAGACCUUGACCGUGCUCAAACUCGUGAAAUGACCCACAUCUCUUCCAUUCUUUCGGUUCCUCUCGAUCAGGCUGAAACCUUACUCUGGUACUCUAAGUGGAACCCUGAUAAUCUCGUUGAACGCUACAUUGACAACCCAUCAAAAGUCCUUGCCGCUGCUGGCGUCGGCACAGACCCCAACAACCCUUCGGCCCCGAUUUCUUUGGCGCCAUACACCCCUGACCCUAAUGUGGGCCCAGACUUUAAAUGUUUUAUCUGCUUUGACUCGGGUCCCUCGACCCCAGAGAACCCUAUUGCAUCCUUUGGGCUUGAGUGUGGCCACCGCACAUGUCUCUCAUGCUACCGUUAUUAUGUGCGCUCCAAGAUUUUGGACGAAGGAGGUGCAGAGGCCAUUCACUGCCCCCAACACAAGUGCAAAAUCAUUGUAAAUCGUACAGCUGUCUCUACUCUACUUGAGAAGGAAGAGCCAAAAGUUUUUUUCAAGUACUUGGACUACCGUCUGAAACACUUUGUCAUGUCGAUGGACAAGCUGACAUUUUGUCCAGCAGCAAACUGCGACUUUAUUGUCGAGUGUCCUACCAUCAAGCAGAUUGACCCCAACCGACAAGUCCCUGCGGUGCGUUGCAACUGCGGUAACGCAUUUUGCUUCAAGUGCCAUAAUCAAGACCACCGCCCUGCAACGUGUCGACUCACUGGUGCAUGGCUCAAACGCUGCCGUGACGACUCUGAAACAGCAAACUGGAUUAAGGCAAAUACCCAGGAAUGCCCACAAUGCCAUUCGACCAUUGAGAAAAAUGGUGGAUGCAAUCACAUGACGUGCAAGCAAUGCCGCUACGAAUUUUGUUGGGUCUGUAUGGGCAGCUGGACUCAGCACGGUAACCAGUUUUAUAAUUGCUCACGCUACAAUGAAACAGACGCCAAGGAGGCUCGCGACGGUCAGGCAAAAUCUCGAAACGAGCUUAACCGUUAUCUUCACUAUUAUAACCGUUUCCGCAACCAUCAGCAGUCGCUGGCUUUAGACUCGGAGACGUUUGACAAGAUCCAGCUCAAGAUGCGUGAGAUGCAGGAGAGCCAAGGCAUGUCAUGGAUUCAGGUACAGUUUUUAUCACAAGCGUUUGAAGUUUUGCGCAAGUCACGUCAGACCCUGACGUGGACUUAUGCGUUUGCUUUUUACCUCGAGCGUUCGCACCAGUGCGAAAUUUUUGAGGACAACCAAGCUAACCUCGAACAAUCAACGGAGCAGCUCUCUGAGUUGUUUGAAAGACCAGCUGCCGAACUGGUUAAUCUUAAGGUGCAGCUGUUAGACAAGAGUCAUUAUGUGGAUAGCCGCCGCGAGGUUAUGCUUGAGCAUGCCGCAAAGGGUCUCAUGAAUGGCACCUGGAAGUACCAAGAGUAUCUACUUAAUAGUGGUCUUACAUUUUCAUAG